ACUCCAUCUUAUCAACAUUAACACCAUUAAAUUUACUCAUUUAUUUAAUUUGUAUACACACACAUCACGACACAUCUACAACGCUCCAUCACAGCCAAUAAAUAAAUCAUUUACAUUUAUGGAACAUUUUCAAAAUUCUAGUGAUCAAAAAACUUUAUAACUUCAUGAAGUUGAAUUUCACCACUUAAGGUAUUACUAAUCACCAUGAUAACAAUAAUGUGAGCUGAAGAAAUUUAUCCCGAAGAUUUCCAAUUUGAUAAGCCAGAACAUCGUUCUUUAGAACAAUGGUAAAGGCCAAAAAAGUGCCUUUGGCAGUGAAAAGCUCUACUCGAAUGAGAGAUGGAAAACCUACAAAGGUUCUAGAGCUGGAUCUUCCCACUGCAGAGGUUCUAGUGCCGGUUAGAAAUAGCGCAAAACCAAGAAAGAAACAGUUUGUGAAGGUUCCUUUCCAAUGCAAAAUAGUUGGCUAUGACGAUCUUUUCGAGCCGAUCGAUUGCAAAAAAUCGAAAAGUACGCUUUCAUGCUUGUCUUGUGGGUCGCUGGGAGCUGGUGAUUCGAGAGCAGCAUCGCGAAGCAGUCGGGCUUCUUCCAGGCGAAAGCAGGGCACGCCUGGUUCCUCCACAUCUAUAGCCAGUUCCAUAUGCUCUUCAAAACAAGACAAAAAACAAGAUACUUCUCGGGACACUUCUCGUGGGACUUAUGACGACAGUUAUGGUGAAAAGUAUCGUAACAAUUAUGGCGACAGUUAUGAUGACAAUUAUCAUGAUACUUAUCGGGAUGGUUCUCUUGAGCCAAUCGGAAGCCGCCCAUCAAACGCUAGCUUCAGUCAGGGUGGAGCAUAUUUGACGAAAGAAGAGAAGAAAAGAAGGAAACAGGAAGAGAAACAGAGAAAGAAAGAAGAUAAAAGGAGGAGGAGCGAGAUUAAAAGAAGACAGAGUGAAGAGCAGAAAGAAAUUAAAAAGAUUGAAAAGCUGAGGAAGAAAGAUGAAAAAAGAAGAAAAUCUGAAGCAAAGAAGAGGGAGAAGAUGAAAAGGAAAAAUUCUGCACCAUCCAGCUAUUCAUCAUCACGAGAAAGUAUUCCAGACAGCUCUAGAAGUCAAACACCAACUGGAUCCGGUGGGAGAGAUUAUGAAAAACAGAGGAAGAAGGAGGAGAAACGGAGAAGAAACGAAAUGAAAAAAAGACAGAAAAAGCAACAAAAGGAACUGGAGAGAAUUGAAAAACUGAGAAAAAAGGAGGAGAAAAAAAGACGAGCUGAAGAAAAGAAACGAGAGAAAAUGGAACGAGGAAGGGGUUCUUCAGCUGCCAGCUAUUCUUCGUCUAGACCCAGUUUAGCAGACAGGUCGAGGAGUCAAUCACCGCCUGGCGGUGAAGGACUACUGUGCACCAAAACUAGAUGUUUUGCAGUGAGUGAAGAUGAGAUGUGCAAAUGCAAGUGUGCAGAGUGCUGUUGCCGUCCAAAUAGUGCAAACAGUGCAAGAGAUGGUGGUGGGGGAAGAGGAGGAGUUGGUGGUGGGGGAAGAGGAAGAGGUGGUGGUGGUGGUGGCGUUGGAGGAGGGGCGGGAAAAGUGCCACGCAGUGCGUCCAGUCCUGACACACCAUGCUUCGGAAAGAGGAAGAAAGCAAAGUCUGGUCCAGGGUCAGGGAGACCCGGUUCAGAGAGUGAUGAUGGUUCCAGGCCAGGAGGAUAUGGACCCUCCAAGGAUGGAAGACCUGCUGACAGACGGUAUAGUGGCCGUGACCCCUAUAUGGAUGGGAGACCUGGCGAUGGCAGAUAUGGAGGCCAAGAAGCUUCUAGGGAUGGAAAACCUAAGGACGAAAGUUCUGGCACCGAGCCAAGCUGGAAUUGCUUUGGAAGCAAAAACAAACCAAGGACAGGUCCAGGAUCAGGAAGACCCGGUUCAGAACCAUCAUCGAUCGAUGGAAGAUCUGGAUUCGGAGGCCGGGGCCCCUCUGCGGACGGAAGACCUGGGGAUGGAAGACCUGGGGACGGAAGACCUGGGGACGGAAGACCUGGGGAUGGAAGACCUGGGGACGGAAGGUAUGGAGCCCGAGACCCAUCUUUGGAUGGUAGACCUAGCGAUCGAAGCAUUGCAGGCAAACCGAACAAGGGGAAGGAGCAGAAGAAAAAGAAACCAAAGUUCGGAUGUGGUUCUGGUCUAUGCGGUAGUAAUCCUAAGAAUGCUAAAGAUGUCGAAAGAGAUUCGCUGCCACCUGGAGGAGUGUUGGGUACAAGUUCUGAUAGACCUUACCGAGACACACUCGAUUUGCCAAGUAAAGGUAGAUCGCCGUCACAGGACAGAGGCCGAUCACCCGGCUUCCUAGGCAAGAUUUGCAUGAAGAAUAAUCUUUUUGCUGGGACUCGAACUAAGACAGGAAAAUCUGUUGAUAAUUGCUGCACGUAUGAAGAUGAAUUGGAACCAGCCUUGAUAGCAGAGGACGGGAAACCAGUGCCUCGAGGAAUGUGUUUCAUGAAACGAUGCAGAGACAACAGACUUUUCCCUAGAAAAAAAAAUACUAUGGAUCAAGAUGAGAAGAAAAGAUUGAAGGAUGAGGCGCGACAAUCAAAAACAUCACUCAAAGAAGACAAAAAAGCACAGAAAAAAGCAGAGAAGGAAGCUAAAGAAGCUGAGAAACUAGGAAAAAGACAAUCAAGAAUAUCAUUCUCUGAUGAUGAAAAAGCAAGGAAGAAAGCACAAAAAGAAGCUAAAAAAGCAGAUAAAUUAGCUAAGAAACAGUCGAGAGACUCAAUAAGGGCUGAAAAGGAAGCACGAAAAAGAGCAGAGAAAGAAGCAAAACAAGCAGAUAAAUUAGCUAGGAGGCAGUCAAGAGACUCAAUAAGGGCUGAAGAGGAAGCACGAAGAGAAGCGAAAAGAUUAGCUGAAGAAGAGGCUCGACGAAGGAGAGAAAUGGCGGAUCAGGAUGCCAGAAAUCGAGACGAACUGGAACGUGCUCGAAGUGAGGCUCUGCUUGCAGCGCAGGAUGCAGAAUAUGCUGACAAAGUGGCCAGGAACAAAGCCCAGUUGGCGCAACAGAAAGAAGACGAGUUGAGGAGACUAAUGGGUGAGGGGAAGGGGAAGCGGAAGAGAGGAAAAGGUAAAAAAUCAGGCAAGACCAAAUCACAGGGAAGGCGCUCAGCAACUCUCACUCCAAGAACGCCUUCAGUAGAUUCAAGAUCUUCCACUUAUGAAGGCUGGAAUUCGAAUUUUGGUAAAGGACGCUUGGUUGAUACAAGCUCACAAAAAUCGUUUCCAUCACAGGCUACAGGUGAUGAAGGAGAAAGAGGAGGUGAUGGAGGAAGAGGUGGAGAAGGAGGAAGACGAGAUAAAGGAGGGAGAGGUGGUGAAGGAGAGAGAGUAGGUGAAGGCGAAAGAGGAGGUGAUAGAGGAAGAUGGGGUGAUGGAGGAAGAGGAGGUGAUGGCGGAAGAGGAGGUGAUAGAGCUAGAGGAGGUGAUGGAGGAAGAUGGGGUGAUGGAGAAAGAGGAGGUGAUAGAGUUAGAGGAGGUGAUGGAGGAACUGGCGGUGAUAGAGGAAGAGGAGUUGAAGGUGGGAGAGGAAGAGAUAGGGGAAGAGGAGGUGAUAGAGGCAGAGGCGGUGACAGAGGAAGAGGAGGAGACGGGGGCUAUGGAACAGGGGCUUCUGGAGAUGAGGAUGCAAGAUCCAGAGGUGGAGACAGCCAGAGACAUAUUCCAGACCAAAGGUCUCAAAGAAAAAGCUUAUUAGACAGGAUUGGCUUGACUGGUGGAUCUAAAAAGUCUAAAAAGCCAAGAAAGGUCAAGUCCAGUAUUGAUCAGAGCAGCUCCUCCAGACAAAGUCUGUGCUGGGGAGGCAAAGCAACACCAAAACGACAAUCGUCGUUGUCAAGACUAUCAGGAGGACCGUCAUCACAAUUAAGCCCCAGAGGUUCAACGGCGUCCAUGGGAUCAAGGGAUUCUCGAGAAUAUUAUUUAGUACCAGGGGAAUCAAGAGGGUCGAUGGCUUCAAUGGAUUCGAGGGCAUCAUGGACACCUCGAGAAUCUGAUGGAUCGAGAAGUUCAUUAGCAUUAAGAGAAUCACGAGCUUCAGUAACCGGUAGACCCUCAGAUGUCUCUCUGUCUUCAGCUGACCAGGCACUUGUCGAUGCUCUGGCUUCAAAACCAGGCUUGCUGUCCUCCCUGCGAAACAUGCUGUUUCCAUGCGGCCCAACAUGCGCCCAGACUGGAAAGCCCCUCGACAUGUGCCAGGAGAUCAACGGCACAUUCCGCAUAGUGGGCAACGUGGAGAGUGGCCGCAUCGACCUGUUCGUCGACGACACCACCAAGCGUAAGCUCAAGUGCGCUCUGCAGGAGUUGGCCAAAAGAACCGAGGAAUACGCGCAGACGAAGAAGGGCAUCAAGAAUUCAGAGUUCAAAAAUUACUAGUCCUGUGCCAAUCAAAUGUUACACAAUUGAGGGUACACCACCGUCUAUACAGUGGGAGGAGCUUGAGUGGCAAAAAAUAAAAGAAUGGCGAGUUUAUGAGAGAAGAUGAGUCAAGUGGUCAAGGUGAACGUGUAAUUAUGACGUCACACGAGCACGAGUGAAGAAGAGGAUGCUGGCUUGCUGGCACUUACUCGAAAUGGAGGAGUCAGCUGCCCUCAGGGCGGAAACAAAGUCUCACCGACUGAGAAAGCUGAGAUCACUUUCUAUAAGCUGAUGCAGACCACUGAAGUGCGGUUCGAUGUUUGUGAGUGGCGUUAGUGCGCGAGCUUGUGUGAGUGGCGGAUUUGUGCUGCAGUCGUGAGACUUGUGCAGCGUCCUGGGAAGCGGAGGCGGAGACGGUCACUCUCAGCCAUGCCAGACAUGCCGAACCUCGUCUCCGGUGGCAUCUCCCUGGGAGUCCUCGCCGGAUUUCUGUCCAGUGUCUACUAUGUCCUGCUCGCCGGUCUCAAGUGGUUCGGAUUGAUCUAUUCGAAACUGCAACUUUUCUCAUGCCUGGGGAAUGUGCAAUAUAAUAUAGAGUACAGACUUGGAGGCAACUGAAUAAGAUUGCAGGUAUCACUGAAUUAGAGGGAAGAUUGAAUGGAGAAGGAGGCAUCAUUUGAACCAUGAGCCUGGAAGCAUAGACUGUUACAAUAACACAUACUAAGAGGGAAAGAUCAACUUUACAAAGGAAAAUAAAUGAGUCUGAAUACUGUCUGAAGUAAUAGCAACCAUUUUCAAAAUGUUCACGGAAAUCUGAUCAGCAAGAGCAAUAAAAAAUUGUAAAAUGGAUUCUUCUAUCCACGAGUCAAAAAAGAUAGUAAUAUGCAAGAUCAAUCCACCCCGAAAUAAAUUGUCAUAGUUUUGUAAUGGAGUUCUUAGUUGAAUAAAAAAUCAUUUACAUUCAA